GAUUAUUAUUAUUAUUAUUAUUCAUUGUGUUUAAUAAAACUAUUUUAUUUUUAAUUAAUAAUUGUAUAUAAACUAAUUUACAUAACUGAGUAGUUCAUUUUUCCAAAAAAACAUUCUGAAAUUACAAAAACAAAACAAAACUAUAUCAUGAAAAUUAAAAAAUAAAAACAUUUUCGGACAAUAUUGUUUGGCACCUUUUCUAUGCUAAACGGUUCACUUUAGUGAAGUGGGAAAUUUACAACUUCUAGCAGCUGAAUACGCUGCAUUUCUGUGCUCUAUGAGAGGCUUUCGAGACACGAUGCAGUGGCCCCAGGCAGAAGGAAGCCAGGGGCCAGCCCAGGGGCCUCAUGGCAGCGGGGAGGCUCGGACUGUUCAUCUCAGAGGUGAGAAGUGACCAUCACCUUUUCAGGACAGCGACCUGAGCCACGACCUGCUCCUUCUCCAAGGUGGUCUGCUCCUUCAGCCUCCUCCUGCUGUCCCUCUCUGAGCACACGCUGGCCAGCUGCACGUCCUGCGGGACAAACACCAAGGACAGGACGGUGAUGCCCUCAGCCAGACGUCUUCUGCCAUCCUCUCAGAAUGGAAGUCAUGGGAUGCAUGGAUAUGGUGCACAGAGAAUGAUGGCUGAGGCGAGCGCUACAUUCAGUAGCAUGUCAAUGGAAUUUCCCAUUCACAUUAGCCUCAUGCUAAAUGAGGUUUCAAAUCCUAUUUGUGUAAAGAAAUGGCUAGAAAAGAAGUGACUCCUGCUCCUUUGAUCCGUGUAGCAUUGUGAUCGUGACAUGACACAGUGGAAGUGCAACAGUUGCUGUUCCAGACUCCCACACAAGGGGCGCGUUUGCACUCGAUUCAAACCUUUUUCUUCAGUUGAGCGGAGCAUUUCUGAAUAGCCGCUUCAAAUCUCUCCGCUCUCAGCCUCUGGGCCCGGUUGGCUCUCUUCAGAAUCUCUCUGUCCAGCUGGGCUUUCUCCUUCAGAGUCCUGAUCACCCCAUUCAGAUGAUCCAUCUCCGUCUUCUGCUCCGCCACGGUUCUCUUCAGCGUCUGGACGAGGCAGAAGGUGAGUGAGGGGCCGUCCAGCUGAGAAGGUUGGCGACAGUCCUGUGGAGUUUCACCUGCAGCUGCAGAGUCAGACCAUCCUUCUCAGCUUCCUUGUUCCAGACCUGCGUCUGAAGGUGAGACUGCGUGGCCUCCACUGACCUGGCCUUGUGGACCACCAUCUUCAUGUUCUCCUGCCGUGGUCCAGCCAUGUCACACACACACACACACACACAUGGAGAGGACCAGUGAAGGUGAUUACCUGCUCCUCCUGUCGCAGACCCGUCAGUUCCUCCACUCUUCUUUCAGUUUCAAUCAAGUUGGACUUCAGGAGCUUGAAGACAAACGGUUCAGUGAUGCCACUCGUCUCAUUAUAGAAGUCAGAUGAAGUUUUGUGGAGGGACUCUCACCUCGUUUUCCUUUUCCGCCAGCGUGAUUCUCCUCAUGAGCUCAUCAAUCUGACGGUCGGCCUCCACCCGACAGGACUGGGUGGAGAGGAAGACAGAAAGGCUCUGGUCAGAAGCUGCUCAUGGCCAAGGACCACAUCCUGGAUCCCUGGUGGUGACACGGACCUCUGCAUGUUGCAGCUGCUUCAGCUUCUGCCUCACGGUCUUGUUGAUUCUUCUGAAGUCGUCCAGCCUCUCCAGCAGAAGUCCUCUCUGGCGGGUGAGGAGCUGACGGUCGGCCGCGGACGCUCUCUUGCCCUUCACCAACACAGUGGAAGAUUAGGACCUCCACAAGGCUCCCACCUUCACAAACGCUUACUGCAACUUUGUCCUCCAGCUCGUCUUUGAAGGACACCAGCUGGAUGGCAGCAGAAUUUGCAGCCGCUUCGGCCUCCGUCAGUAUCUUCAUCAUCUGACUUUUGGCAUCGGUGCGAUCCACGCUAGAAGAACCCAGAGCAACUUGAGGAUUCACGCUCAAAUACCCACUUUUCAUGGGUCGUGGGGGCAGCAGCUGGAGGGCAGACACCUCCUCCAGCUCUUCUGGCAGACAUGGGUUCUAGUCUGAGCCUCUCCCAGAUGACUGCGCUGACCUCUCAUGCACGACUGAGAGAGUGUGGUUACACAAGCGAUGACGAUGAGAUAAGAACACACUUUCAAUUUCAACAUCUGCUGAUGAAGGUGUUUAAGUCGACACCGAGGACCUCACCGUUCAUGCGGUAUCAUCAGUAACCUGCUGCGGAACAUCACGUCCCCAAUGAGGAUUUUGGAACUCAGCUCGUCUUGUGUUGACGUAGAUGUGAAGCUACUCAGCGAUUUCCUUGCGUUCUCCAGCGCUCCGCCGGCAUGAGCCGCCAGGCCGCCAUCGUUUCCGUGCACGUCGCUCCUAAGCUCGCCUCGAUCCAUGGACCAAGCUCCUGCUGUCUGGCGUGAAGCUGCCGCACUACAGUGGUGAGCAAGGCGCCGCGUCUCUCAGCUGCAGGAGGCUUUCAUGUGCGGCGAAGACUUCUUAGUUCUGUCAUGCCCUGCCCUUUAUAUGGGGAGCUGAUGAAAGCCAGUGAGUGAUGAGGUAGCAGGAGGACAUCUGGAGAGGACAUUUCGUGGUGCGGUGCUUCAAAAGUAGGAGGAUAAGAGCAAGUAUUGCCAAAAGAUUCAACUUAAGCCACUACGAUAGUGGUUCAGAUGGAUCUACCUCCUGUGAAAUUCGUCUAAACGGAGCUAGUUUAGGAAGCCAUCGCUCACAACAGAUGCAACAGGUGGAUAUGAGCGUGUCUCACCCGCUGCUUUUAUCCGUCCGGCAUCCGCUCUGGCUCCCUCGUCCUCCGCAGUUCUGAGGCAGAAGUUCAGCAGCGGGAGUCGGGCAGUCUUCCCCCGGAGACAUGCCUGCCGACGGUCGCUGGCGAGGCGACAGGCCGAGGAGCGGUUGCCAGUGUUUGGGAAGGAUCCUGAAGGACUCUUGCGGUUGUCAGGGAAGCUGACACCUGAGUGACAGCUGCUACGCGCUUUGGCUGCUGCAGUGCUGUAGCAAAGAACUUUACCGUUAGAAUCGCUGUGAAUGAGGAUUAAACUAAUCUAUAAAACAAACAAACUACUAACAAUAACACUGAGGUUUAUGUUUCGUUUCGUUUACAUGACAGGCUACUCGCAAACUCUGAUGAUUGGCCAAUGCGGAUACUCAUGGGAUCACACAUGGCAAUAUACUUGCUUUUGAUUGGCUACUUGUUCCUAAAAUGGGCGUCAAUCGCAAGCAAACAACCAAUCAGUAGACGUAUACUUGGGGCCGCAGCAGAAACCAUAGAAACCAACAGGAAGUUUACGGUGAAGUUACAGUGCAGCGCGAUGCAGCUCUGUCGCUCUUUCACACGGAAUUAAAAACCUUGAGAGGCCGGGAGGCUAAAGCUGCGAUUAGCUGACAUGUUGAAAGCUAAAAUUCUGUUUGUUGGCCCGAAUGAGAGCGGGAAAACUGUUCUUGCAAACUUCCUGUCAGACACAACAGAAAACGUGGGCGGCGAAUAUCGGCCGACGCAGGGAGUGAGGAUUCUGGAGUUUGAGUCCCAGCCUGAGGGCAGCGGAGACAAGACAUGUGAAGUUGAACUCUGGGACUGCUCAGGAGAUUUCAAGUUCGAAACCUGCUGGCCUGCCGUCAUGAAGGACUCCAGCGGCGUCGUGAUCGUAUUCAAUCCAGAUGUUCCAAGUCACCUUAAAGAAAUCGAGACUUGGCACUCCAUGUUCAUCUCCUCCCAGAGCCUGCAGGACAGCCAGUGCCUGCUGGUCGCUCACCAUAAACCCCGCAGUGAGGUCGAGGAGGGUCGGCUGCCUUUAGCUCCUCAUCUCAGCAGACUUCCACUCCUGCACUCAAACCUGGAGGAGGAGUCGGAGGACGUGAGGAAAGAGUUCCGUAGAUAUUUGGGGAAUGUGGUGAAUGCUCUUUCUGAGAGCAGGGAGAGAGAAGAAAUGUCCAUCAUCAUGUGAUGCAACUUCACAAUUUAGUGUAUUUAUAUGUCAUCCUAUCAAUGCUACGUUAAUAAAUUCAAAGACAGUUCAAAGUAUAGCCAUUUG